CCGCGCGAUAGUCGCCUGUUUUGCGCGAGUGAAUCUCGUCCUGACUGGUUGUGCCAUCGACGAUCUCAUUCUUCACCGAGACAUCGCCGAGGACAGGCUGACAGUCGACCGGAGUCUUCUAUACCAGCUAAUAAAGGAGGCUUACCUGGACAUUCGACGCUACCUGGGAUACUUAUUUCUUCGAGUCCAUUGUCGGAGAGCAUAACCGGUCGCGGACACAAAGAGUCGUCAAGAUGGUGCGAAACUUCGGCGAACGCAAAAAGAAGAACAAACGUGGCAGACAAUCCAGGAAGUCCAGGAAGCCGCCUACUACCGCGAACAUACCGCUAGAGGCCGACAUGGACCACGAAGAGUGCCCCCAGGAGGUAGUCACCUGCAAGGAAGUGGCCAUCCACGUGCCCAGACCUGCUCAGGACAACGACGAGGACUAUGACAACGAAGAGAUUGUCAAGGCGGUAAACGACCUAUUUGCCGCGAUGGCGAUGAUGAACGCAUUGAGACGCGACGUCCUGAUGCCGCAAGAUGUAUACUACAGCAAGUAUCGGCGUUUUGUUUCCUUGUUCAUGAUGCUGAAGCUCUUGAGUGGGAGAUGCUCGUUUUCAGGGAAAAAAGUUUAAGUUUAUGACGAUGUAACAUGAUUUUUCUUAACUUUCUUACUGUAUUUUAGAGUGAAGAUUUUUACACGAUUGAUAUUAUUAAGUAAAUGUAAUUGUGUUUAAGCACGUUUGUUUGUGUAAGAUUCAUUACUUUUCAUGAAAAGUUCGACAAUUACUUGUUUUCUGGAUUGACGAUAUUAUAAUCACAACAAGGAAUUAUUGAAAUUAAAACUAUUUGUAUUUUGUGCAGUUA